AUGCCUUUGCGUAUCGCUAUCUUAACAUGCGACACCCCGGUCCCCGAAGCCAACCGUCGCUAUAAUGGUUAUGGUGGAGUAUUUCGGUCCCUCCUCAAAUCCAGCGCCAAAGUAAGCGGCCUGGACCCAGAAGCGGAUCUCGAGACGACUGUGUUUGAUAUUGUCGAUGGCGAACAAUACCCAGAACUGGAGAGCGUGGAUGCUGUGCUCCUGACUGGCUCAAAAUAUAACUCCUACGACGACACCCCAUGGAUUCUACGCCUCCUAGAGUUCACCCAGAAAGUACUCGCACAGGACCGCGUUCGCAUACUCGGAAUAUGCUUUGGUCACCAAAUCGUUGGUCGUGCACUAGGCUCCAAGGUUGGACGAAGCGAUCGGGGCUGGGAGAUAUCUGUGUGCGACAUGGCGUUGACAGACAAGGGAAAGGAAUUGUUUGGUCGAGACAAACUUCGCAUCCAACAAAUGCACCAGGAUAUUGUGUUUUCGAUUCCCCCAAAUGUGACCUUGCUGGGCUCUUCCCCGCGCUGCGAGGUGCAAGGAAUUUAUGCGCCCCGCCGAUUCAUCACAGUGCAAGGCCAUCCCGAGUUCACCGAAGACAUCGUGAAGGAAAUUGUUAAGGUCCGGACCCAGGCGGGAGUCUUCAAAGACGACUUUGCGCAAGACGCCCUGGAUAGAGCUGGCAAUGAGCACGAUGGUGUGGCCAUUGCUGCUGUGUUCCUCAAAUUCCUAUUGGAAGAAUGA